UAUAUUCAUCAGUAUCUUAGCUUCGAUCAAUUCCCCUUCCUCUGAUAAUAUACCAUCUAUAUUCAAGUUCAUUCAUGAAUUUCAUGUACGUACAGCAGCUCGAUCUUAGUUGCCCUCUGUUCUCCGUUGGUCGCUAUUAAUUUAACUCCAACGUACAGUUAAUGAGUCUUGAGGAAUCCAAGAAAACCGUUGUUUCAGUCGGGCCGUUUGGAGAAAAUAAGCGAGUAAUACCCUUUGAUGAUGGAGUACACUCAGCAGUGAAAGGUUUGGAGAUGGUCUAUUUGAAAGGUGAAAGGGGACUUAUUCUCAACGUCCGGUUUGAAUAUGAAGACGACGGAAUCACAGUUUGGGGAGACAGGCAUGGUAAAAGUAUCAUUUUGGAUGUCGUAAUGACAGGGCUGCUCGGAACCGACAUCAGAAGAGAAUGCAUUAGUUUCAACUAUCCAGACGAAUUUUUGACUUCAGUUUAUGGAAAUUAUGAAGCAAACUUGUCGGGGUCCUGGCUAUCCUCACUUACUUUUAAUACUAACAGAAAAACUUACGGACCCUUUGGAUCGACUCCAAAUCGCAAUCGGAGAAGCUAUUUCUCAAUUCAUGUGCCUGGAAGUAAGAUUGUUGGUUUUCAUGGCAGAUCACACUGGUGGUGGAGUGGCAGUUUUGACAUAGGAGCAUACCUAAAGCCUAUUGAUCAACAAAGUGAAUAUACAUCUUCAACAGCACUGAUGCUUUAUCCAUCAGAGCCUCCAUGUCGACCUGGAUAUCCUUCUCAAACCAAGCUCAAUAAAGAUGACAGACCUCAAAACCAGAAACAUUACGCAGUUUCAAAUAUUCGAGUUAGCAGAAAUGAGGGAGACCACAACGGAGCUUUCUAUUUGGGCGACAGGUAUAAAUAUACGAACUAUUAUAUCGAAAAGGCAGACAUAGCGCACAAAUAAUCUGAAUCAAUCAAGAGUCGUGGAUCAAAUAAGGUAAGGGGUUAUAUAAAGAUCUCAGUUAUGUCUUCUAGCUAGAGAGACCCUCCCUUCGUGCAUAUAUGUGUGUGUGUGAGAGAUUUAUAUAUUUGUAGUAUAUAUGUAAUGACUUAAUAGUCGAGCCUCAAGUCCCUCAGUGGGUGUCAUUACUGUGACUACUGUUGUGGAGGUUGAAGAUGAUUAAUAGCAAUUAAAAUUUAUAAUAGAGCUAAAAACUAGUUUUUGCAUGACGGUAAUUAUAAAAGGGGAGUGGGAUACACCCUUCUUUUUUAUUCUCUGAUCAUGCACUCCCUUCUCAAUUUUAUUGCUUGAAACAGAACGCUAGCUACCCUUUAUCUCUUUCAAUUUCUGCUAUUGGUCUGGGAUUUCCAUCUUCCCUGUGUAGUAAGGAUUCUC